AUGAAUAAGGAGGAGGAGAACGAUAAAUCAAGGUUGAAUCUCACAACAGCUUCUUCUUACUCUCUACCUGUCUGUCUGUCUGUGUUAAAUGAACUAUUAUUGUCUGUUUGUCUGUCUGUCUGUCUGUCUGUCUGUUUAAUAGGAAUGAAAAAUAUUUAUAUUAUUGAUGGAUGGAUGGAGGGAUGGAUGGAUUGA